GCAAUCACCACUUCUGUAUAUAUUUGUGUUCUGUGGUUUUAAUUGUUUUAUGUCUUGGGUGAAAAUCGCUUUCUUUAUGGAAAAUCCUAUCUGAAACCUAAGAUCCAAUAUAAAUGUUAUACAUUUUCUGAUUUAUGUUCCUUAUAAUGAAAAGAAAAUUAUUUAAUUUAAUUAGUCAGUGAGCCUUUUUAUGUUGUUCCUCUCCUAUUUUUUUCUUUGAAAAAAUGGAUCCUACAACUGUUCCAACUCCAAGCUUUGUGUCUCAAGGCAUAGCCACACCUCCUCUCAUGCCCCAAGUUCCUAUUCCUGGGAUGACUGCAUUUCCACCAAUGAUGCCACCAGCAUUUAGCGUACCUCCACCAGGGUUUGCCCCCACAAUGCCUCCUAUGACUGCAGGAAGUACAGCGGAGUGGACAGAGCAUAAGGCUCCAGAUGGAAGGACAUACUAUUAUAAUAAUGUUACUAAGCAGAGUUCCUGGCAAAAACCUGAUUGCUUAAAAACAUCUGCAGAAUUAUUACUAUCGCAGUGUCCAUGGAAAGAAUACACCGCAGAUAAUGGAAAAAUUUACUACCACAAUAUAAAUACCAAGGAAUCCAGAUGGGUUAUUCCAUUAGAACUUGAUGAAAUUAAGAAAAAAAUUGCUGCAGAAGAGGCAAAACCAAAAUCACAACCAGUAACACCUCAAGAGGUUUCCAGUCCAGCUCCUAUUUCUGCUCCAAUUUCAGGAGCAAAUUCACCAAGUAUUUCUAAUUCAACCGCAAGUCCUGGACCUAAAAGCAAUGCUUUGGAAGCGUCAAUGGCUGCAACUUUGGCAUCUAUUUCUAUACCUUCACCUCCCCCUAAAGUCGAUGAAGAUUUGGUAUCAGAAAAAAAAGAGGUAAAACCUGUACUUCCGGAACCAAAAGUUUACAAGGACAAGAAAGAAGCCAUGGAAGCAUUUAAGGAGCUGUUGAAAGAUAAAAAUGUUCCAUCAAAUGCAAAUUGGGAUCAGUGUGUUAAGAUUAUCCAAAACGAUCCAAGAUACGAGUCUUUUAAAAAGCUUAAUGAAAAGAAACAGGUGUUUAAUGCUUACAAGACACAAAAGCAAAAGGAUGAAAAAGAGGAACAAAGAAUAAAGGCUAAGAAGUCCAAGGAACAGCUGGAGGAGUUUUUAUUGAAUUCGAAUAAAAUGUCCUCAACUACUAAGUAUUAUAAAUGUGAUGAGCUCUUUGGACAUCUUGAGGUAUGGCAAAACGUCAAUGAUUCUGAUAGACGAGAUAUUUACGACGAUGUAAUUUUUGCAUUGUCUAAAAAAGAAAAAGAAGAUGCAAAGACUCUUAAAAAGAGAAAUAUGAAAAAAUUAUCAGAGGUAUUGGAAUGCAUGACCAAAGUUACGUAUGACACCACAUGGACUGAAGCACAGGUUAUGCUAUUAGAAAAUGCCACAUUUAAAAAUGACGUAAAUCUGUUAGCCAUGGACAAAGAAGAUGCCUUAAUAGUUUUCGAAGAACACAUACGACUUCUGGAAAAAGAAUACUUGGAAGAUAAGGAAAGAGAAAAGCGCCGACAAAAACGACAAGCUCGUAAAAAUCGAGACCAAUUUUUAUCAUUGCUCGAUCAUUUACACGAAGAAGGAAAAUUGACAUCAAUGUCUUUAUGGGUAGAACUUUACCCUCUUAUUUCGGCUGACAUUAGGUUUUCUGCAAUGUUAGGCCAAACCGGUUCGACCCCACUAGACCUUUUUAAGUUUUACGUGGAAGACCUUAAAUCUCGAUUUCAUGACGAAAAGAAGAUUAUUAAAGAAAUUCUCAAAGAAAAGGAAUUUGAUGUUAGAGCCUCAACAACUUUUGAUCAGUUUGCAACAGUGAUUUGCGAAGAUAAACGUAGUGCCACUUUGGAUGCUGGAAAUGUCAAGUUAACGUAUAAUUCGUUAUUAGAAAAGGCCGAAAUGAAAGAAAAGGAACGAGUAAAAGAAGAGACGAAGCGGGUUAAGAAACUCGAAAAUUCAUUCAAAAAUUUACUUAAAGAUUUUAAUGUCGAUUUUGAAAAGCCAUGGGAAGAAGUAAAAUCAAAAAUUGAGAAUGAAGAGGAAUAUAAGGCAUUGGAAAGUGAUUCAGAGAGGCACCGGAUCUAUAAGGACUUCCAGCAUGAAAUGGAGGAAUCGUGCUCCCACCACCAUUCACGAUCACGGAAAUCAAAGAAAAACAAAAAGAGCAAGAGUAAAUAUAAAGGUUCAAGUUCGAGUGAAUCUGAGGAUAAGGAAAAGCACAGGAAGCAAAAGCAUAAGUCCCAAAGUCCAAGUCCUGAAUCAGACAAUGAUCAGGAUUAUAAAAAGAAGAAGUCCAAGAAGAAGCACAGGAAGAGAAGUCGUUCUAGUUCUCCAUCAGAAAGAGCAAGAAGCGGGGAGAUAAGCGAAACUGAACUAGAGAAACAACGCGCUUUGCUAUUGGCCAAAUUAAAAGAUGAAAGUGACUAGCAUAGGGGGUUAAAGCACUCACGUGCUACAUAUACACCACCUUAAUUUUUCAAUAUUUCUGUUACAUGUCGUACAAAGUAUUGAUAUUCUUAAGGUAAGGUCAGUAUCACUUGGUGUUUUUUAAAUAUAAUAGUCUAAAAUAAAUCCAAAUAUUUUUUAACAAUUCCGUAAAAUACAUACAUUUAUUGACUUUACCUUUAGAAUAAUGCUCUUAAUACAAAUAGAAAAGUAAAUUGCUAACUAAUUGCUGCAGUUUCGUGCUUUUCCAACUUUCAUUUAUUUUUUUUAAUCUUAAUUGAAAUUAGGUCGUUGAGCAUUUUAUUUUUGUCAUAUAACACUUUGUUAAGCAGGUUCUAAACUAUAAUUUAAUUAAAAAAGUCAUUUAUAGUUUAAAAAAAAAUCGACCGAUAUAUAACAGGUUAUCUCUUGCUGUAUCCAGAGUUCGCGGAGAGUAAUAAAAUAUCGUAUAUUUACGAUACGUAAACUUCUAAGGUGAGUCCGUUGUCACUUUCCUGUAAAGUGGAUCGUGACGGAGUUACGCGCAUCAGAAGUUUAACCGCCAGCGCUCGCGUUGUCGGCUGAACCGCCGGUUACUCUUCUUUAUUCUGUAUUUUUUUCCAUAUCUCACGCGUUUUUUCUUUCUAACUCUCAUUUGCAAUUGUGCGAUGUUAAAAGAAAUUAUUUCUAUGAAAUACACAUUUUCAGAGCCACAUGUAUUCAUCAUAUUAGAUAAUCUGUUUUAGUACAUGAUUCGGUAAUUAGUGUUAGUCAUUACGAAGAACAGUCAGCUGAUUUAUUUCAUAUCUUCAACAAUUUAUUUUACCAUGACACAAUUGCAAAGAGUCAAAAAUAGGAACCGAAGGUUCAGCCGGGAACGCAAGCGCCGGUAGUGGACGCUGACAAUUUUCAUUUCAUAGAAAAGUUGGAAAAGACUUUUCGUCUCAAAAUUUUAGAGAAUACGCUAUGUCAUUCAUGCUCUGGAACUCUGAGACACCUUAUAUAAUUUGUAUUAAUUCCCAAUAAAUUUCAGUAAAGUUUUAACAAUAAUCCAUACUUUCCAUAAAUCACUUGUGCCAGCACAAGUUCGUAGAUUAGUUUCCUUAAUAACUCAGUUUCGCCUAUAAUUAUGAACUCUGGCCAUUCUUAAACAUCUAUUUUUAAUUUGUAUUGCCACAUUAAUGUAGCUAAAAACUAUCUAAAGUUGUUGAAAACAGUGUACAUAGUUGUGCUUAAUAUGCCGAGUUUUAUACAUUCUCUUUUUAUAUUCCCUAUUUUUUUUUGACUACAUUGCUUCUCAGCUAUACCUUGAAAGUGUGUUAAGUGAAUUCUGGAUAUUCUUGUGUAGAAUGUAUGUAGGAAUAUUAUUAUGAAAGCAGAAAUUGACCAGGUUAAAGGGUCCUGUAAAAAGAUAUCUGAUAUAAAAUAAAUGUAUAUGUAGUAA